AUGUCUCGAAAGAGUCAAGAAGAAAUGCUUAUGGAAUGGUUAGAGAUUCCACUAAGCAGUGAUGACGAUCUUGAGUGUUUCUCUGACGAUUCCAUUCAAGAUGAGACAUAUGUUGCUCCAGAAUCUGUUGAUUGUGAUAGUGACAGUAGUGACGAAGAAAGUCAAGUACCAGUAAUUAGGACUGAAGAUGUUUCUGGAACAAGACAAUCUGAUGUUAUAAUGAAGGAAUCGACGUCACAGUUGUCUGAUAAUGCUCUGAAACUGCCAUGCAGCAGCAAAAAUGUUACCAAAAACAGCAGGAGUGUGGUUUGGAAAGAUAAACAGUUGAUUAUUCCCGAACUGCAGUCAAAAUUUCAUGGCAAUACUUCGUUACCAGAAGAAGUAAUAAACUUAAAUACUCCAUACCAAUUCUUCAAACAUAUAUUUCCAUCUAAAUUGUUUGAUCUAAUUGUCGAAGAGUCUCAUAGAUACAGUGUGCAGUGUAAUCCUGAUAGACCAAUAGAUUUAUCCUGUGAUGACAUAAAAAAAUUUAUAGGCAUCUGUCUCGUAAUGUCAAUAGUUCAUGUACCUAAUACGAGGGAUUACUGGGGAGAAGUUACUGGUACUCAUCUGAUCAAAACAAUGACAGUGAAUCAGUAUGAGCAAAUACGUAAGUUUCUUCACUUCAGUGACAACAGUGCAAUGAUACCCAGGGGUGAAAAAGGUCAUGAUAGACUCUUCAAGAUAAGACCUAUAAUAGAAUUGAUGAGAUCUCGGUUUCAAACAAUACCUGUUGAGGAGUGUGUUUCUGUUGAUGAACAGAUAUGUUCAACAAAGGCUAGAAGUUAUUUGAAACAAUACAUGCCAAACAAGCCUCAUAAAUAUGGAUACAAAUUAUUUGUUAUUAGUGGCAUAUCUGGUUAUGCCUACGAUUUUGAGAUUUUCACUGGAGAUGAAAAUGAACCAGAAAAAAGAGUGACUGGGGAGGAAGACUUGGGAGCAAGUGCAAAUGUUGUAGUUCGACUCAGUAGGAUACUACCAAGAAAUAUGAACCACAAACUGUGCUGUGACAAUUAUUACACAAGUCUGCCACUGCUUGUAUGGUUACAUAAAUAA